UUCAAAGAGUAUGGACAUGUGUGGUUAUGUUAUUAUUAUGGUAUAUAUUGUUUUUCGUAAGAAUGGUGCAUGUAUCUAAGUUGUAUUGAAAUGAAUGUAGUUUGUCGUGUCUGUGGAGGAACAGAUUAUCAUCUGGAAGGUGGAUUAUAUUAUUGUGAUGAAUGUCAGACACAAACUCAAGAAUUACGUGAACAAAUUUACGAUGAUGGUGACCGUACUUACUUAAAUACAACUAAAAUUACUAUUCGUAAAAAUGAUAAUGAUAAAAAGGGAAAAUCUAAAACUUGGACUACUUGGGAGGGCUAUAAUAUCAUUUUAAAAGGGCUAGUGGAUGAGUUAAUCAAUUUAGGGGCUCCAUCAGAAUUAAAGUUAACAGCAUUUCAACUAUGGGCUGCUUAUUUAAGUGCUAUUAAAGUGGCAUUUUUUGCCCAAAAAGAAGCUGAUCUACCAAGAUUGUCAGCAGCAUUUCGACCACAUGAUGCCCAAGCUAUUUAUAAUUUUGGUCACCCCAAGCUAAAAAAAUCCAAAUCCAAAUCCAAAUCGUCAGUAAUUUCUACAGACCCAGAUUCAACUUCGUUACACGAAAAAAUAUCUCUUAGCCGUCGACGAGGAAUUACUAAGAGAGCUUUAAUUCGAGCUGAUUAUGAAUCGUCAAAACCAAGUGAAGAUUUGGAUAGUAUGACUGAAUACUCAGCGACAUCUAAAUCUGUGUCAUCAAAGAGUUCUACAGCUUCCAUAAAAUUGAACUUUAAUAAAAAAGCACGUCAACUAAAAUUAAAGAAACUUUCACGCCGACAUUUAAAAAAACAUACUUACGACGAUUUGCCGUGCCAUAAAUUUACAACUUCUGAAGUAUCUAGCAGUUAUCUACAUAGCCCGUAUCAUUUAUCCAUAACAAAGCUAUACGGAAUUUUGUAUUUAGCUUUGUUGAUUUGUAAAUCAGAUAUUUAUAUUUCGGAUUUACUUCGUUAUAUCCAAGAGGGACAUUUGAGCUAUGACGAUUAUAAACAUUUAUUUCCCGAAGAGAUGGCUAUGGAUGAAAAAUACCAAAAAUUAUUUGAAAUAAAUCGUAAAUUAUUUACAAAUUCAUCGUUAAGAUCAUUAGUCGCAAAAAUUGCUCAACUAAUUGGCGUAAAAUAUAUUCCAUGCCCUGAUAUUGAAAAAUUAUGUCUACGAUAUGUUACGGAAUUGCAGUUGCCAGUUGAUAUUAUGCAUAUAAUAUUACAUUUAUUAAAAUUGGAUCCACCAAAUUUACGAUUCAAUCGAAAACGACAAUCAAUUCCAAAUUAUGAAGGCCGUGCGAUGGGUUACAUUUUAUUCUCAUUAAAAUUAUUGUUCGUACUUGAUGAUUAUACUGAACACAAUAUAUCAAAGUUAUCAAAGCAGUUAACUAAGGAAAUUAAUGAUGAAAUAUGCCAUACACAAUUUUUUAAUUGGGAUAAAUGGGUAGAAUAUAUUGAAUGUCGUAAAAUAUUUAUUGCCGAUUAUCAUUAUCCUACCAAAAAAAUUAUUGAAUUUUCCCCAAAUUCUUCAACACCAUUAAAUUCAGCAAUGAAUAAAUUAAAUGAAACAUUGGAUCAAAUUCCAUCAAUUCUUUUACAAAAAUUUUCGGAGUUUCAGAUUGAUUUCAUUACAAAUCCUUCAAAAUUUAUUGAAGAUUAUAAUUUGAAUGCUAAAAUUGUUGAUAAUAAACUUUCCGAAUUAUAUUUACCACUUCCAGUAUUUAGUUCUUCAGCAUAUAAAUUCGAUGAAAAAACUAUUCCUUGUAAAAUAGUGCCCAAAUCACAAAUAAUACCCGAAGGAAAAAAAUUGAAUAAGGAAAAAAGAAAAAAUUUUUAUAAAAAUGACGAAGAAGAGUGUGAUAAAGGUUUAAUAUCAUUGUAUGAACCGUAUACUAAAUAUUGGAUUGAAGCUAGCCUGCUUGCACAUGAAAAUUUAAAGGGUCAUUUUGAGUAUGUGGAAAAACAUUGUUUACCGAAAAGUUUUCAGUGGUUGUUAAAAGAAUGUGCUCAAACUAUUAAUUCAACUACGAGAGAGUUAUACCGAGAAUUAGUAAUUAUUGAAAUACAUUUAGGAAUACUUUUGCACAAAGAUAUUAAAAAUAAAUAUUGUGAACAAAACAAAAAUAAUCGAUACUUUAAUGCAUUGUUAAGAAAAGUUCAAAACGAAUGGUAAAUGACUAAAUCGGAAUUACUGAAGAUCGGAAAACUGAAAAGUGCAAAUCAAUCUUGUAAAUGCAACCGGCUGAAAUUUACAGUCAUUCAACGAUCUAAUAAUUGGAAUUAUUCAUUACUUGUAGAUAAAAAAUAAAAUAAAAUAAAAUAGUGGCCGAAAAUUUACAGAAAAACAAGUUCAUUAACUUCUUGUACAUGAAAUUUAUAUUAUAUAACAUGUGAUAUUAAAGACAAAAAUAAUAAAAACUUAAACGAAAAUCGUAUAAGAAAUAUUAAAAAAAGGUUCACACAAAGCGGUUGUUAGCAAAAAUACAUGUAAAAAUAACGUGAAUUUGUUAAAAAAAUUAUGUUUUUUUAAAAAUUAUUUAUAAAAUUUUGUUAAUAGAUUUCAAAAGCUGUUCUGAAAAGGAAAUACAAAACAGUGAUUUAAAAGACUGUGUAAAAAAUAACUCGUAAAAAUAUAACGUCCGAGAUAUAAUAUAUUUUGAA